UAUUACAAAAAAUUGCUGCUGCCUUUAGAGAAGCAAUUGUUGAAGUGGCUACCACCACCAGACUACCAAUCUGUGAAACCAACCUAGUCUGUAUAGAAACAUUUUAUAAAGAAGAUAACAAAGACUCUUUAAAAUAG